GUCCUCCUGCACUAACUCAGCCUCACAAGCCGCUCAAGAGCGCUCAGCCUCUCCCUCCUCAGCCUCAGAGCCACGCCAACCGAGAGGCGAGAUGUCCACCUACGUGUCUUCAGACUGCCGCCGUGUCAGUCCUUCCGUCCACGGCAACAAGUUUGACACGGCUCACCGCAAGAAGGCCGUGGCCAACAUUUUCGACAACGUGAGCCAGGACGCCCUGACCAGACUCUUCCAGAAGACGGGCGACAUGAAGGCAGAGGAGCGGGUGAGGAGCAUCUUCUCCUACUCGCACGACCCGGAGGAGACGGCCCGGGCCCUGAUGGCUCUAAAGCAGAGGAAGAAGGACAAGUUCCUCCAGAUCGCCGGCAUGCUCCGGCACAUGCUCAAACUGCGCUGACGUGACAUCGCUCGGCACUGUUUUAGCCGCUUGUGUCUCCUCUGACUCGGCUCGACUCGGAGCCCCAAACUUGGAGCGUGACUCCCGCUGGGACUCGGACGCCUACACCUGCAAGUGUCCCGGCUCGCCCGGGGAGAUGCGCGUGCUCGCAAGUGGCCGCCAGCGAGGCCACUUUGCAGCCGCCGGAGGUGAUGGGUGAUAGUCCCACCACGACCGGAUUGCAGAUGAGCUGACUGGAGAUAUGCUGGACAUAAAACGUCUUCCCUGAGACUUGAAUUAACCCAUGCGGAAGCGCCACUGUGAAGCAGCAGCACGCAAAGGAGGUGCCGGUGGAAAGCUGCAACUAUAUGAGACUUUGAGUGCCAGAAGAAGAACCUUCGUGGAUGCCUGUCCUGAACACAUGCCUUCUUUCAACAUGAACACUGUCACUGUUCUGGCUCCUAAUGCCACUCUUAUGUCAAAUCGAACAAUGAUUUUCAUAAAUGAUGUGUCCUCUUCUUUGUCCGUUCGAAUAAAUUGCUUUGUUUACAAAAGUUAAA